AUGACCAACGAACACAGAGAGGCUUUUCUUUACAUGAUGUUUCCCAGUUGGGCCAGUCAGUACGAGGGAAUUAUGAAAUUACUGAUUUAUUUCAGAUGGAUAUGGGUUGGGGUGAUCUAUGUGGAUGAUGAUUGGCAGCGAUUUAUGCUUCCUGCCUUUUCUGAGAACGGAAUCUGCUUUGAUUUCUUGACGAAAUUCCCAACAAUGACCUUUACUGAUUCUUUUACUGAACUGGAGGAAGAAAGCAUCAACAUAGCCACAGUUGUCAUGAGAAGCACAGCCAAAGCAGUGGUGGUUCAUGGUUACAUUACAGCCAUGGUUAUUUUCCGAAUAUUGCUGAGGGCUGUAGAAUUUAAUGAAAUACCAGUGAGGACGAAAGCCAAAGUCUGGAUUUUGACUGCAGAAGUGGAUUUCAUAUCACUUACACUUCAAAGAAGUUGGGGCUUGGACUUCAUCCAUGGUGCUUUAUCAUUUGAAAUUCACUCUGGGGAGGUGUUAGGAUUUGAUCAGUUUCUUCGAGCAAGGGACCAUGUCUCUGAAAAAGAAGAUGGAUUUAUUGGGGAUUUUUGGAAACAGGCUUUUGGCUGUUCACUGCCCGGUACCACAGAAGCCAUGACUGAUGAAGAAAUCUGCACUGGGGAGGAGAAGCUGGAGAGUCUUCCUGCAUCUGUCUUUGAAAUGAGCAUGACCAGCCACAGCUACAGCAUCUACACUACUGUCUAUGUGGUGGCACAUGCGUUACAUGCCAUGUAUUCAACCAUGCUCCAACACAGAGUGCUGGCAGAUGGAGUGAGAAGAAAGCUUCUGAAUCAGCACCCAUGGCAGGUUCAGCCCCUUUCUCUGUGCAACGACCAAUGCCAUUCAGGCUACAGUAAGAAAAAGAAGGAAGGGGAGCCAUUUUGCUGCUAUGAUUGCCUUCCUUGUCCAGAAGGGAAGAUUUCAAACCUGGAGGAUUCCAACAACUGUUUUCAGUGCCCAGUAGAUCAAUAUCCAAAUACUGACCAGGAUUUAUGCCUCCAAAAACACAUAAGUUUCUUGUCUUAUGAAGAACCUUUGGGGAUCACUUUGGCCAGUUUUGCACUUUUCUUCUCUUUUUUGAUAGCUUUUGUGCUUGGCAUCUUCAUUAAGAACCAGGACACUCCCAUAGUCAAAGCCAACAACCGGAAUCUUUCCUACAUUCUCCUUGUCUCCCUCCUGCUCUCCUUCCUUUGCACUUUGCUUUUCAUUGGGCGACCUGAGAAGCUCUCGUGUCUCCUUCAACAAACUACUUUUGGCAUCAUCUUCUCAGUGGCUGUUUCUUGUGUGCUGGCCAAGACCAUCAUUGUGAUUCUAGCUUUCAUGGUCACCAGACCAGGUUCCAGGAUAAGAAACUGGGUGGGGAAACGACUGGCCAACUCCAUUGUUCUUUCUUGCUCCUUUAUUCAAACCACUAUUUGCACAGUUUGGUUAAUAACUUCUCCUCCAUUCCCAGAUUUUGACAUGCACUCAAUGACUGAUGAAAUUAUAUUGAAAUGUAAUGAAGGGUCAGUAGUCAUGUUUUCUUGUGUCUUGGGCUACACGGGCUUCCUGGCCACUGUGAGCUUCACGGUAGCUUUCUUAGGCAGGAAGUUACCUGAUAGUUUUAAUGAAACCAAGUUCAUCACCUUCAGCAUGCUGGUCUUUUGCAGUGUUUGGCUGACCUUUGUUCCAACCUAUUUGAGCAGCAAAGGGAAAUACAUGGUGGCUGUGGAGGUCUUCUCCAUCUUAGCCUCAAGUGCUGGGUUACUGAGUUGUAUUUUUUUCCCUAAAAUUUUUAUUAUUGUUGUGAGGCCUGAACUGAAUAUUAAGGGUCAAACUGCAAGAAGACUAAAUGAAGGAAUAUAA